AUUCUCUGAUUCUGGUUCUCUUGUUCUCAUCACUUUGAUACACCCUUUCCUCUCACUGAUCCGCCUCUCUCGUCUCUUCUCCCCCCUAUUGACCUCCUCUCGCCAUGAUCACAUCCAGGCAAGAUGCCGCCGAAUCUCCAAGAAGCAGACCCGAUCCCCAUUCCUGUUCAUCCUCAGACUGUGCCUUAUGAGGAAGGCCAGGAUUGCUGUCGGAUAUGUCGUGGUGAAGCCACUCCAAGCCAGCCGCUAUUCUACCCUUGCAAAUGCAGCGGCAGUAUUAGAUUUGUCCAUCAGGAAUGUCUCAAGGAAUGGCUUGCCCAUUCCCAGAAGAAAUACUGCGAAUUAUGCAAGACUUCCUUUCGCUUCACCAAACUCUACGACCGUUCCAUGCCAGCGGCGCUACCAUUUCCUCUCUUCGCCCGGCAACUCGCAAGACACGGAGCCAGAACAGCUUUGCGAUAUACACGCUAUCUCAUCGUUGGUCUGACUUGGAUCUGUUGUUUGCCGUGGUGCAUAAGACAGAUAUGGCGCGGUAUGAUCUGGUUCGCCGAUGGGAAUUGGCUUGAUGAGGACUACACGCAGGCUAUGCUCAACGAUGCCGCAACCGCUGGGGCCAAUGGCACGUCGUAUGAUGUUUCUGUCAACUCCGGGCUAUAUGAAUACCUUGAACAGAUAAAGCUGCCACUUCCUCCCAUGCAAUUAUCAUUGGCAGAUAUCGUCCGCAUCCUCUUGAACAAUGGCCUGAUAGGAAGGAUAGCACACUUCUUUUUCUCCCUCAUUCUUCCGGGCUGGAGGAAACGUGGUGCUUUUCCUGCUGGAGCUGAUACCACACUGCCUGUCAGUGCAAUGCGACGACCACCAUCUCUACUCUCCGACGUUGAGUUUUUAAGUGGCCUCACAGACAUCCCUGCAAUCAAUGACAUAUGUAUUGAUGUUGUUGAGGGUCAAUUGAUAUGUGUGUCGCUCGUCACUGCAUUUAUUCUUGUUUUUCUCAUACGAGAAUGGGUCAUCAACCAGCAACCGAAUCUAAAUAUGCCGGAUCCUGACCCCGUCGAUGUUGUCCCUGAACCGCAGCACCAAAAUCAACAGCAAGAGCCGCAUGCUCAGGUUCACCCUGAGCAGAACGCCGAAGUCCUGGUCCCCGAACAAGGCCAAAGACCCAUUGUCAUUCCGCGACUACGACACGUCCUGACAGAAGAGAACAUUUUAACAGACACAGGGGAUGUCCUCGAAAGACCAAACGUACCAAAUCGAUCACAAAGUCUUGUUCAUGACAGGUCAGCAUAUCAGGACCAUGACCUUUCGAUAGGGGAAAGUUCCGCCAUAGUUGACGACACGGACUCGGGACCUGUCAGGAGACACAGCAUGAGCAACUCUAUCCUCAUUCAACGAAACUUCGAGGUAAAUUCGGGCAAUAAUACAGGCCAAGAGGAGACGAACCCAGUCUAUUUCGAAAACUCGUAUCCCUCCGACGAACACGACUUCUUCGACGCUAGUGAUUUGACUGGCGCCGAGGAUCAGUAUGUCAACGCUUCUCCUCCCCGAGCGGCCUACACGACAGCUGGGGAUAUGUUAGACCUCGAUGAAGAACAUAUGGAUUUCGAUGGUUUCAUCCACUAUGCGGCAGCCCCCCCGCCGACGCCCGCAUCAAGCGAUGCUGAUGAGCCAAUACUAGAAGUUGCAAUGGGCAGAAGAAAUAGCCAUGUCGAUCGACCAGAGAACAAUGAUCUAUCCAUCUGGUCGAGAGUUGCACGCUGGCUGUGGCCUACGGAGAACUUUGAAGACAUGCAAAUUAAUCUGCGAGUUCGAUUCGAGACCGCCAAUAAUGACGAAGAUGAUGAGGUGAUCAUGCAAGAUGAUCUAGCCGAAGACCCCUUUGUACCCAAUAAUAAUCAUCUCAAUCACGGAAAUCUCGCUCCUCAGCCAGCACCAGCUCUCGAUCCUGCUGCUCUACCAGCACGCGAGCCAAACAUUGUUCUUGGUGUCGACCUCAAUGAUCCCAACGCAGCAGAAGACAUUGAAGAUUUAGAUGGAGUGCUCGAGCUGCUUGGUAUGGAAGGUCCCAUAUUUGGCAUGAUCCAGAAUGUCAUCUUCAGUCUUUUUCUCAUCACAAUCACUUUGUCGGCCAGUGUCUGGUGUCCAUACAUCUGGGGCAAAAUUGCGUUGCUGUUCAUGCAUAACCCAAUUAUGUUGGUCAAAGCACCCUUAUUGGGUAUAUCUGCGACCGCGGAUAUGACGGUGGAUUGCUUCUUCUUCGUGGCCGGUCUUGGUGGCUAUGUCCUUAAUCAGCCCCUAAAGGCCUUGAAAGCCCUCAUCUCACUACUCUUGCCAGCUUUCAACAACAUCUUGGACUCAGAUGUGAUAGACGGCUUCACUCUCGACAUAAGUCAAAAGAGUGGUGCGCGAUUGGAGAAAACAUUAUCGGGUGCAUUCCUCAAUCUCAAGCCUGACCUCCCAACAUUCUCUAUCAUGGCUCACCAUGGUCUUCUUUCCUACAAAGCUUCAAUUCGCUAUGGGGCAGAGCAACUAGUAACUUCCAUGCUCUGGGUUCAGCACAACAUGUCGGAACAAUCUUUUUCUUCCAAAGAAAUGCUUGGUACUCUUUUUCAGGCAAUUGGUUCUGUCCCACAGCUUCUGGGGAAAACUCCACAGGCCAUCGCAGGCGCUUGGAGGACCGUUCGCUAUCUACCCCAAGAGCUGUUGGAUAUAUCACCCAAAGCUCCAUUGCAGCUUGACCAAUCUCUAGUCGUGUGGAGCACAGAAGACAGGAUCAUCACAAUUGUUAUUGGGUAUGCUUUCUUCGCAGCCGUCGGCAUUGCUUUACUGGAGCUUGCACACAUGUUCUUGGGUCUCAAGGACAACGAGAAAGUAGAAGGAUUCCUUGCGGACAGCCUCAGGCAAGCCGGAGGCGUCAUGAAAGUGGUAAUCAUCAUUGGCCUCGAGAUGUUGUUGUUCCCACUUUAUUGUGGUCUUCUGCUGGAUGCGGCGCUCUUACCCUUGUUCGCAGAUGCCACCAUCGCUGGACGGAUUACGUUCAUCGCCGAAGCACCUUUCACCGGUCUCUUCGUCCACUGGUUCAUUGGAACCUGUUACAUGUUUCAUUUUGCGUUAUUUGUAUCAAUCUGCCGAAAGAUCAUGCGCAACGGCGUCCUUUAUUUCAUCCGAGAUCCCGACGAUCCUACAUUCCAUCCAGUACGCGACGUAAUCGAACGCCCUGUACCUGCUCAACUAGGAAAAAUUGCAUUUUCGGCGUUAGUCUACGGCGCUUUGGUCAUUGUGUGCCUCGGAGGCGUGGUGUGGUCAUUGAACUGCGUUCCUGGCAUUUUGCCGAUUCGGUGGGCUACCCCUGAACCAAGACUGGCGUUCCCGGGAGAUAUUGUAUUCUAUCACUUCAUGCUGAGGUAUGUGGUACGAAAAAUGGAGCCUUCCAAAAAGAUUUCCGCAAUGUACGAGUGGUGGUUCCGUGGCUGUGCUCAGCAUUUGAGGUUGACAAAUUUUCUUUUCGGGGAGGAAGCCGUUGAGGAAACCUACAGCAGUCCGGGCCGGUUAUCAGGCCUUCUUCGGGGGAACAGCUCAGGGCCCGAGCAUACUCAGGACGGAACCUACGUUCGUGCUCCGGCAUCAGACUCUGUGCGCAUGCCUAAGGGACGCAGUGUCUUCCUUCCGGUCAACGAGCAGAACGAACGGAUCGAUGGUCAACCUGAUCAAGACUUCGGAGAUCACGGAAAGAAGGAUCCGCGAUUUACCAAAGUGUAUUUACCUCCUAACUUUGGUGCUCGGAUCUCAACAUUUAUCUUUCUGCUUUGGCUGUUUGCCGCUACCACGGGCGUGGCCUUCACCAUCGGGCCACUCCUAAUCGGACGGCAAGUGCUCUAUCGAGUGUCUCAGUCUUCUCUGCCUCCGAAUGAUUUAUAUGCCUUCACGAUUGGCUUGCAGGUUUACACAGUAUUGGGUUCUGCAGUUGCUUAUGCAGGUCCUGCAUGGACUUACAUUAAAAGCAAGAUUCCCCAAUCGUCAGUGUCACAAAUCUUUGAGCUGGUGGAUUAUGCUCUCGGCAUAGUUUAUCUGUUUACCUUUUCCUUCUUGGCCCUGCCCUUUGUUCUCUCUCUGGUCUGGGAGUUGUAUGUCCACGUCCCUUUGGUAACGUAUGUGGAAUGGGCCCACGACGGACAGUCUUCUGACGGAAGACCAAACAUGGACAAACAAAUGGCGACCGUUUUCAUAUUACAAUCAUGGGUAAUGGGACUACUCUACUCUCGACUGCUAUGGCACAUGCUCGUGCGCUACCUGGGUUCCACUUCGCGCAUCUGUACUGCCAUGUUUGCCAUUGUGCGGAAUGGUAUUCUUCGACCGGAUGUCGGGCUUGCGACCCGUGCAUUCGUAUUGCCUGUCAGUGCGGUCUGUAUUGUAUUACUCGCGGGCCCUCUAGGCGCUGCGAAGACUGUUAUUAUGAUCGGACGUCUCCAGGACCAUGAAGUCCAGAGACUAAUGUACCGAUUUGCAUAUCCCUGUGCCUUGGGCAUGGUACUUGCAUGGCUUGGGAUGCUAGGUUUGAAGGCACAGGUAGCAAGUUGGAGAGCGAGGAUUCGUGAUGAGGUAUAUCUUAUCGGCGAGCGAUUACACAAUUUUCACGAGCCGCAGCCGAGUCGGGUCGUCAAGGGCAAGGGAAAAGCCAAGGAUUUAUGAAUUGGGCUUCGUGAGAGGGACUGUGGUCAUGGACACAGUUACACAUAGAAAGGCUUGCAUCUCCAUCCAAUCACAAAAUGUGUUGUGUGUGUGAGACAUGAAUAGAGGAAGUCAAUGAUGCGC